AGCACCAUCACAGAAGAAAAUGUUCAGAGGAUGAAGGAGCAAUUCAUGUCUGUCUACAAUGUCACCACGGAUGGACGCUUGAAAAUCCAGGAGCUUGCAAAUAUUAUCUUGCCAGAUGAUGAGAACUUUCUACUGCUUUUCCGACGGGAAACUCCCUUGGACAACAGUGUGGAAUUCAUGCGGAUCUGGCGCAGUUAUGAUGCUGACAGCAGUGGAUUUAUUUCAUCUGGUGAGCUCAAAGAUUUCCUGCGAGAUCUCUUUUCUCAGCAUAACAAGAUAGUAACUGAAGCUAAGCUGGAAGAAUAUACUGAUACCAUG